CAAGAUGUUUGUGGGGGAGACCUAAUAUACAUUACCCAGAAGGCAGAAAUGAGGACGGCCAUGUCGUGCGGAGGAGGGUUGGCGCAGCGUCUAGACUUUUCCAGCAGUGAUGAAGAGGAUGGAAUGAGCCCUGGACUGGAGGAAGGCUCCCAUAGCAACCAGAGGGGUAGUCCUGUGAAUUCAUGGAGGGCAAAUAAUUGCCCCUUCCCAAUCACCCCCCAGAGGAAUGAGAGGGGGCUUUCUCCUUCUCAGGAGGAGCUGAGCCCGUGUAGCGACUACUCGCCUGUCCCAAGUGACAAGGGUGUGGGGGGCGAAUGCCCUGGUACCCCCCUGCACUACAGCACGUGGAAGAAGCUCAAGCUGUGUGAUACCCCUUAUACCCCAAAGAGCCUUUUGUACAAAACUCUCCCCUCCCCGGGGUCCCGAGUGCAGUGUCGGGGUCAAAGGCUCCUCCGUUUUGUGGCUGGAACCGGGGCGGAAUUGGAUGAUCCGGCUCUGGUCAAUGUUAACCCCUUCACCCCAGAAUCCUACAGGCAAGCGAAUUUCCACCCCAACGGGAAGAGGAAGGAGAGGCCAGAAGACGACUGCAGCGCUGAGCCCCAGAUGAAAUACGCAGAGAAGGAGCACCCAGCAGUUUUCCAGUCGAAAAGAUUCGUGUUACGGGAGACCAACAUGGUGUCUCGCUACAAGACGGAAUUCCUGGAGAUCGAGAAGAUCGGCGCCGGGGAGUUCGGAUCUGUGUUCAAGUGCGUAAAGCGCCUGGACGGUUGUUUCUAUGCCAUCAAACGCUCCAAAAAGCCAUUGGCUGGCUCCACAGAUGAGCAGCUGGCACUGAGAGAAGUGUACGCCCACGCGGUUCUGGGUCACCACCCCCAUGUUGUGCGCUAUUACUCCGCGUGGGCGGAGGAUGAUCACAUGAUCAUUCAGAAUGAGUACUGCAAUGGUGGCAGCCUGCAGGAUCUGAUCAUGGAGAAUAAAAAGGAGGGACGGUUUGUGCCGGAGCAGGAGCUGAAGGAGAUUCUUCUACAAGUGUCAAUGGGCCUGAAAUACAUCCACAGCUCCGGCCUCGUGCAUAUGGACAUCAAGCCAAGUAACAUAUUUAUCUGCCGGAAGCAGACGGAGGUGGGUCAGGACGAGAGUGACGGUGAAGAUGAUCUCUCCUCUGCCAGUGUUCUCUAUAAGAUCGGAGACCUUGGGCAUGUGACUUCUAUACUUAACCCCCAGGUGGAAGAAGGAGACAGCAGGUUCCUGGCCAAUGAGAUCCUGCAGGAGGAUUACAGGCAGCUGCCAAAGGCGGACAUCUUUGCACUUGGUCUCACCAUCACCUUGGCAGCCGGAGCCGGACCUCUUCCUUGCAACGAAGACAGCUGGCACCAUAUCCGAAAGGGCAACUUGCCCCACAUUCCCCAGCCGCUGACUCCUGCCUUCCUGGCUCUGCUCAAGCUGCUGGUUCAUCCCGACCCGGUUAUGAGACCCCCGGCUGUAUCUCUGGCUAAGAAUUCUCUGCUGAGGCGCUGUGUUGGCAAGGCGGCCCAGCUACAGAAACAACUCAAUGUGGAGAAGUUCAAGACUGCCAUGCUUGAGAGGGAGCUGAAAGCUGCUAAAUUAGCCCACGGUUCUGGGAAGGACGAGUGUUCGGACCUGCCCCCCAUGUCGGACUUCUCCUGCCGCGGAAGGAAACGCCUUGUUGGGGCAAAAAACGCUCGUUCUCUGAGCUUCACCUGCGGGGGCUACUAGCGCCCCCUGCCUCCCAGCCAAAUGGGGCUCCGGAUCUGUACGUCUGGGCCUUCUGCCAACUUCAUACUCCUUUCUGUGCCAUUCUCCUCCGGUUCUGCCCCCCUGUGGGCAAUAGGAUAUUCCCUGCCCCCCCAUGGGCAAAUAGGGUAUUCCCUGCCCCCCCAUGGGCAAAUAGGGUAUUCCCUGCACUCUGCUGUGAAUUUUAACUUUUCUGGCUGGGAGUCCAGGAACUCACUUGGGUACCUGAGCUGUUACUGUGGGUUCAGGUGUUGGACUGCCAUGUGUCAUAUUUUGCUUUUGCCACUUUCCCAUGAACCUCUCUGGGAAGGGAUUGUUAGACCUGAACAGGAACUUUAAUUUAUUUACUUUUUAUUAUCUUAUUGUCUUUUAAAUAAAAUUUUAAUGUUUAAAUGUGA